AUGGCAACACGCGCAAAUAAAACGACUCGUAUUGUGUGCAUUAGUGAUACACACUCUCGCUAUGACUUUGUGCUUCCAUCUGGUGAUAUUCUCGUUCACACAGGUGAUUUUUCGAAGUCGGGUUUACAAGAUGAAGUAGAAUAUUUCAUUACGUGGCUCAAAUCUCUAACAAAAUACCGAUUGAAAAUAUUUAUUGCGGGUAACCAUGAUCACACGUUGGAUCCAAUUUCUUACGAGAGAUGUUGGAAACGAUGGCAUCGUGGUCGCAAACAAAAUUGUGCACCAGUCGGACACCUGAUACACGAUCGAUCAUUAGCAACCAAUUUUGGAAUCAUCUAUUUGGAAGAACAACUGUUUGUCGAUAAUGUCACUGGUCUGAGCUUUUACGGCAGCCCAUAUGAACCAGCGUCACACAAUGGAACGUUUUAUUUUCCUAUCAACAGUGUCGAAAUCAUGCAGGCUUGCUCCCGAAUCCCAAAUAAUGUUGAUGUUCUUCUCACGCACUGUCCCCCUGCGAGCAUUCUUGAUACAACUAUUACCGGUGAACAUGUCGGUUGUGAUGAGUUGCUCUCAUGUGUCAAUGUGGCGAAACCUCGUUUACAUGUCUUCGGCCACAUCCAUGAGGCACAUGGUCGUAUAGAUCAAGGCUCGACCAUAUUUGUAAACGCAUCAAUCUGUAAUCGGAAAUAUCAACCUGUCCAAGCACCCAUUGUGAUCGAUUUGGAAUUAAAGGAAAAAACAUGA